AUGUCUGAUUAUCAAAAUAUAUUCAGACAGAAUAUUAAAAGAAAUUCAACUUAUCAUUCAUCUCCUGGAACUUUUCAAAAUUUGGUCAAUCUUGAACCAAGUUUAUCUAAAAAGUAUUCAUAUCUAAUUGAGAAACUACAACCUACGGAAAUUAAACAAAUUGAAUUAAUGCAAAGAAAAUAUCAGCAGAAUAAAAUUGAUUGUCUAUCAUCAAGUGGCUCAUUAUCAAGAAGUCUACAAAACUUGGUUCUUGUUGGUCAGGCAUCUAGACCACAAUCGGCUAUUUGCCGAAAAUCUCAACAUGAUAAAAUGAGCUCCAAUUAUUUGAAAUGUACGGAGCAGCGUUUAACACGUAGGGCAUCACAUUCAUCACUUGAUAAAGAAAGACAGUUUUGGAAACGGAAACAAACUCAAGAACGAAUGCAAAAUGAUGAAAGAGAACGCGCACAAAAAUGUUAUGAAGAGAAGCUAAACAAAGUUGAAAAACACAGAAAUCAAAUUUUGAAAGAAAAAGAAAGAAAUAUGAUUACGGCCCAUUAUGAACGUGCAAGAAAAGUUCGUCAAGUUCUAGAAAGAAGAAAACAAUUAAGGAAAAUGAUCGAAGAAUAUAGAAAAGAACUGUACGAAGCUCGAGAACAAUCUAUACAAAGAGCUAUGGAACGUGUAUCCUGUAGAUUAUCAGAAGAACAGAAAAGAUUAGCUUCAGAACGAAGACAAAAACAAAUGCAAGUUGAAGAAAAUACAAAAGAAAUACAACGCAGAGAACAAGAAGUACGAAAGGCAGCUGAAUUAGCUUUACGACAGAAAGAUGAACACAUACGUCGACUAAUUGAAGAAAAAGAAGCUAGGAUUCAGCAAUCAAGAAAUUUGGCGUUAGCAGCUGAAUGUCUACGUGAAGAAAUGUUACGUGUUUAUAAUCUGGAUAGUUUUGAUAAAAAAGUUCAAAAAGUCACACUGAUCAAUGAAAUGGGAUUAAAUGGAAAACAAUAA